AUGGUGUGUGUUGUUCUUAGAGCUAAUCCUCCAUUUUUUGUUUUUGAAGGGUUUAUUAAAUGUUUAUGGGGAAAACUUGGUAUUGAGAAGGUUGCUAGAAUGAAUGCGGGUUAUACUAUUGUCAAGUUUUGUGAUGUAACCACUCGUGAUAUGGUGUUGGAAUCUGGGGUUGUACAUUUUGAUAGGAAACCUGUUCUUUUGAGACCUUGGUCGACUGACUUAGAUACGUUGAGGCUUGUGAAAUCAGUUUCGGUUUGGAUCAGGUUACCUGAUCUUGGACUACAAUAUUUAGGUACAAAAUGUUUGAGUGCUCUUGUUAGUACCAUAGGCAAACCUAUGAUGAUUGAUAAGGUUACAAAGGAAAGAUCUAUGGUGAAGUUUGUUAGAGUGCUUGUGGAUGUUGAGAUAUCAAAUCAUAUACCUCAAUUUAUCAGCUUUCUUAAUGAGCGUGGCCAAUUGAUGGAUUGUAAGCGUGACCAAGGGGCUAUUUGGAGGAAAAAGGAGACGAAGCCCGGGCUGGAGAAUGUGGAGGCUAAUCAAGCAACUACUGCUCCCGUAUCUAAAAUUUUGCCAAAGGUUCCUCAAGAUCUGGUGACUGGCAUUGAUACACAGACAGGAAUGUUAAAGGAAAAAUGUAGCUCUAAGUCUGGGUUGGAGAUAAAAUGGACCACACUAAAAAAAGUGGGAGGAGCUAAACAUAUUCUUUCAGACACUCAGAAUUUGAGGACUAACAAGUAUAAUGUCUUGCAGGAGAAUCAAAUGGUGGUCAUAAAGAAGGGUCAACAAGAGAUCAAUGAUUCUAAUGGAAGGGUGCAACGUGCUUUUCUAGAAACCAAAUUGAGAGGAAAUAAGAUUGAGGAAAUGAUGCAAUCUGUUUUUGAAGAUGAACAAUUUGUUCAUUAUUGUGUGAAGAUUAAGGGCGUUACUCAGAAGUUUUGUCUGACUUUUAUUUAUGGUAGGAAUUCAGUAGAAGAAAGGAAAAGUCUCUGGACUCAGCUAUAUUUGCUUGAGUUUCUAGUGCAUCCUUGGUUAGUAGUUGGAGAUUGUAAUGCAGUUUUUGACAAUGAUGAUCGAAUUGGAGGUCGUCCUGCUACUGAGCUGGAAUUGGAAGAUGGUCGUCAUUGGAGGGUUUGUACUAUGGUGGAUGAGUUGCGAUCGAUUGGUUCCCAUUAUACCUGGUCUAAUAAGCAAGUGGAAGGAGCCAGAAUUUUCUCUAAAUUGGACAGAGUUUUCAAAAAUGAAGCUUGGGUUGAUGCUUUUCCUGAUUCUGAGGCUCGAUUUAAUUGGGAUGUCAUCUCUAACCAUUGCUACUGCAUUAUAAAAAUUGUUCCUGAUCUGAUUUUAGGGGUCAGGCCUUUUAAAGACUUUAAUAUGUGGGCUGAUCAUGAGGAUUUCAGAAGCACUGUGCUUCGUAGUUGGUCUGAUCUGAUUGAAACUUAUGGUUUGCAGCGGAUUUUAAAGAAAUUACAUAGGUUAAAAUCUAUUCUACUUCAGUUUAACAAAGUAAAGUUGGUGAUGUAG